CAGGUGUUUGCAUGCAUCACUAGUAAACAGACAGAGCUCCUGUAGCUACUAGUUGAGCAAUUAACUAGCAGCAAGUAACCGCCCGAUCAAGAUCGCACAAUGGCCUCUUCCGCCUCAGCUCUCUUCGUCAAAGCGGCGCUCGUCAUGGCGCUCAUGCUCGCCGGGAGCACCACGUGCCAUGCUGCUCGCUACCUCGCCGACUCGACUUCGGCGGCCGCUCCUGCCGCAGUAGUGCCGACCGUGCCCGCGGUGCCUGCCGCGGCAGCCUUGCCACCGCUUGCCGCGGUACCGACGACGGUCCCCGCGGUCACCGUGCCACCGAAGCCCACGGUGCCAGUGGUCGUCGUCCCUGCGGCGACCUUGCCACCCAUGCCGGCGGUGCCCGCAGCGACCCUCCCGCCGAUGCCUGCGGUGCCUGCAGUACCAAACGCCGCGCUGCCCCGUAUGCCGGCCGUCCCCGCCGUGCCCAAGGCGACCCUCCCGCCGCCGAUGCCUGCAGUGCCGGCCGUGCCCAAGGUGACACUGCCGCCGAUGGCCGCCGUGCCUAAGGUGACAGUACUGCCACCGAUGCCCUCCAUCCCGGGCGUGCCGAAGCCAUUCUUGGCGCCACCUCCUUCGGCAUAAUCAAGCAUCUCCUUCCGUGUCUAUAUAUGCAUGUGUACCUGUGUUAUGUAGAGACGUGGAGUGUCAGUCUGUCGUCUGAUUGUCCAUCGAGUUCAUCGGUCAUCGCUCAAUCCUGUGUUUGCUGGGUAUGGUGUCUGGCUGUCUGCUCAUGAUUCAUGAGAUGGUUUGGUUGGAGAAAUUCUUCCUUUCUGUUUCUACUUUAGUCCUUUCUAUAUGUUUGUUGUACAUAUACUUAUAUAAUACGUAUACUCCCUCCAUUCUAAA